AUGCGCGGAAGUAGCCCACCCCGGUAUACGCGGCUACAGGCUCUGCGGACCACGUUAGGACUUCAGGCUUCGCACCCUGUCCAGAUAGGUGCCUAUAGCCACGCCGCGGUGGCAAAAGAACAUGGAAUUGCAGAGCAUAAGGAUCUGAAUCCAGGGGUCGUAGAUCAGUCUAGUGGAAGCGCCAACCCGUUGGCGGACGACAGCGAGGGCAGUGCCCCAGGGCAAGCCUUUGCUCUUCUAAAUGAGUACAUGUACGUCCCCAUUCUAUCUACAAGGCUGACGCAGAUCAGCGCUUUAGAGACCAGCAUGCGGGAACAGAAGCAGUGGAAUUGGGAUAUUGGGGAGACUCUGGACAAACUCCAAAAGUCCUCGUUUGGUAGCGGCGCCACAAAUGUUACAACGCGCGGCAAGGACACCAGCUUCUGA